AUGGGAAAAUCUCAAUCGAAGCUUUCACAGGAGCAACUAGCCGAACUCCAGAAAUCCACGCAUUUCGACAAGAAGGAAUUGCAGCAAUGGUAUAAGGGCUUCCUAAAGGAUUGCCCGUCCGGCAUGCUCACGAAGGAAGAGUUCCAAAAGAUUUACCGGCAAUUCUUUCCAUUUGGUGAUCCGUCUUCGUUUGCAGAUUAUGUAUUCAAUGUCUUCGAUUCCGACAAAUCCGGCUCAAUCGACUUCAAAGAGUUUAUCUGUGCCCUGAGUGUCACGAGUCGGGGUAAAAUGGAGGACAAACUCGACUGGGCCUUUCAAUUAUAUGACAUCGAUGGUGAUGGCAAAAUAAGCUAUGACGAAAUGCUCAAAAUCGUGGAAGCGAUUUACAAGAUGGUCGGUUCGAUGGUAAAACUCCCCGAAGACGAAGAUACCCCGGAGAAGCGCGUUAGAAAGAUCUUCCGCAUGAUGGAUAAAGAUGAGAACGGUAGUCUAGACAUGGAAGAAUUCAAGGAGGGUAGCAAACGUGACGAGACCAUCGUCUCCGCCUUGUCCCUAUACGACGGGCUGGUGUAA